AAUCACUUGCACGUUGCUGGUAAACCGGUCGUAUCAAGCUAAAUAAAUUAUAACAAUUAAAAAAUGGAUUCAAAAAGCAAUGUAACUCCACCAGGAAAUUCAGCAGCUAAGAGUGCAGUUCGCAAGAUCCCCGAGGAGUCCUCAAUAUCCACUGACCAUCCGGUGGCCACAUCUACGCCAACUUAUAUGACACGCAACCGACAAAGGCUUUUAUCGCUCCAAAUGGAUUCUGAAGCAUUCACAUCGGGGAAUUCGUCAUUGGUGGAUCGAGUUCCACCAACAUUCGGGCAUAUUCGAGGCCGAAAGGGUAUUCAUGAUCCUAGUACUCCAAAUACUCCUAAACUCCCAAGGACUAGAGCCCGUAAUUUACUGAAUACUCCAGUGCGUGUUACCCCAAGUAAUAAUACCCCUUUUAACACCCCUCGGAAUUCUGGUAAGACAAAGACCCCGGCUCAAAAGAAAACCACAAAGAAAACUCCGGCGAAAACGCCAAAAAAGACGCCAAAAUCUUUACAACCGAAUUUUUCAACGAAGUUGCAAAACAUAGAAACAAAAUCACCAUUAAAAUCAGCAAAUCCAUUUAAAUCCUUACCAGUAUUGAAGCCGAAAACGCCCACAUUGGAAUCACCGAUUGAAUCAACCGAGAUGGCACAAAAAGAAUCAAUUGUAUUACCCAUUUUACUGCCAACAGAAACCCAAAAGAUGUCCCCAUCGAAAUCCCCGAAUGUGUUAUCAAUCGAAGCACCUGUUAUGCUAUUAAUGAAUUCGCCAAAGCAGUCGGUGAAGUCCGCACUUAAGCGAGCUGUGUCAAGUAAAGAAAAUUCUCCUAACGCCCAUUUCUCUAAAGAGGUAUCCAAUGAGAAGAAUUCCGAUGCUGAAGAUAUAUCGGAACCGCCUCCAAAACAGGCUCGUCUACAUAUCUUGCAAGUCAAUUUGGGAUCUCCAUUCUCGAUGACGCGCAGCAAGAAACUUAAGUCAAUAGCAGAAGAUCUCAAUGAUAAAAACCUAGAAUCAUAUGAAGCUCCUCCUGUUAAUCUAAGCCAAAUGAACACAAGUGUGGUAAUGAAGUCUCUUGAAACCGCCGAAUGUUCUACAACAGAGAAAAAAAAAUUGAACAACAAAUGUUUUAUUUCGUAAGGCCAUCAAAGCUUUACUAAAUAAAAGCAUGACUUAAAGCGAAAAAAUAAUUAUACCCGUUACUCGUAG